AAUGUUGUGACUAAGAUUUUUAUUCAUUAGUAUCAGCGUCUUGUUAUUGUAACUUUUUUGUUUGUGUUUGUGUGUAUGUUUUGUGGUUAUGUGUAGUUUUUAAAAAUAACACUAAUUAGAUCAGUGCAUAAAAAUUGAAAUGAUUGAUAAAGACAUGACUUCGGCAUUCAUGCAGGGUGGAUCAGUUCGUCCGAUUAAUAACUAUCAAUCAAACAUUAUGGAACCACGGUCGCCGCAUACAGCUUGGCAGAUAAAUCCAGCGCAAAUUGCAAAACACCAACCAAUGGAGGAAGACAAAAACGAUUCCGGGGUUGCUUCUGGCAGCGACUUUCAUUCCUCUUCACCCGGAAGUGAUACUAGCAGCCAAGAUUUACAACACGCGUAUCAUCAGUCGCAAACGCAAAACACUCAAGCGAACCGAUUUUAUUCGCCUCCCACAUUACCACAAGCAAUGGCGAUGUUUGGUAUGAAUCCGUACAGUCACAACCCGUUGACACCUCCAAAUUCCGAACCGCUAGUUUCCCCAAAGAGCGAAAAAGAGGAAAAAGAUCUAGAUACCACUCUCACGCCGUGCGCUUCACCAAAUGAGGUGAAAAACGAAGAAGAGGACCAUCUACGACGACUCCAAAUGACGAUGGAGAAAAAUUUGCAUUUGUCACCGAGAAACGGCGAACAUUCGAUGGACGCACAGAGCAACAAGAGUGACGACGCAGACGAAUACGAAGAAGCGUUACGAGUACCGAAAGUCAACUCUCACGGUAAAUUGAAGACGUUUAAAUGUAAACAGUGCGACUUUGUCGCGAACACCAAGAUUGAUCAGUGGAACCACAGCAAGAUUCACAUUAGGGAAGAGAAAAUGCUAACCUGUCCUAGAUGCCCAUUCGUGACUGAAUACAAGCAUCAUCUUGAGUAUCAUAUGCGGAACCAUGCAGGUUCUAAACCGUUUCAUUGCAGCAAGUGUGACUACAGUUGCGUUAACAAGUCAAUGCUGAAUUCACACAUGAAGUCGCAUUCGAACGUUUAUCGCUUCAGCUGUCGAGAUUGCAACUACGCCACUAAAUAUUGUCACUCUUUGAAGCUCCAUUUACGACGAUAUGAGCACAAUCCUAGCGUGGUCCUGGAUGAAGAAGGCAAUCCAUGCCCUGAUAUAAUCAUCGACGUGUAUGGAACAAGACGUGGCCCUAAAGUUAAGUCCCAGCCACAACCAAGUGAAACGCCUACACGUCCGGAACGGCAUGCGUUUAGCUUAAAUCCGAUGCUUCCUCAGCAACUACCUUUUGGAAAUUACCCCUUUUUCACCGGGUUUCCAAAUCCUCAAAUAUUGCAACAGCUGAUUCAGGAAAGACAAGCUCUCAUCGCCUCUGCAUGUGCGAGUUCGCCUCCACCUUCUGCACAAGCAGAACCUGCCGAGCCUGAUACGAAAGUUUUGGAUUUGAGCAAACCAGGGACCAGCGGUUUGGCUCAACAACACAAAAAUCGUCGCAAAGGUCCUGCUUUCAGAGUCGAUCCGUCAACUGUUAAUGAUUCGGAAGAUGACGAUGACGCGUCCACUACUAUGUUCGACAACGUAGAAGUUGUACAAAAUCUAGAAGAGAAGAAAGAAGAAGUUGCGUGUUCCGAAAAUGACGCAAGUGAUAACAAUAAUAAUAAGGAGAAUAAGAGUUGCCAGUAUUGUAAAAUUACUUUUGGGGAUGAUGUUUUGUAUAGUAUCCAUAUGGGGAUUCACGGCUUUCAUAAUCCGUUUGUCUGUAACCUGUGUGGACAGGAAUGUACUGACAGAGUGUCAUUUUUCUUACAUACUAUCAGAGCUUCUCAUUCGUAAUUAAGUCAUAAGACUGAUUAGUUUUAAUUAGGAAUAGUUUAGAUAAGUUGUAGCUUUUUAAUUUAACUAGUCACGAUAGGGUCACAAUUUGGCCCAAGUUUUUUUAGUGUUAUUUUACACUUUUAAGUGCAAUUUUUUUUUUAAUUGUUUAACAGUUCUGGAGGUGUACGGGUAGUAACUCCAUAACGUUAAACUACCACAUACGACUUCCGAGUCAUUUACUCAAUUUGAAAGUAAUUUAUUUUUUGUGUAAAUUUUGAUAGUAGUGUUCUAAUUAUAGUCGCUAUUAAAAUGUUUUAGUGUCAUAUUUUUGUACUCGUGGGGCCAUGACAUAAGACUGAUUGUAUUAUAAAUAAGUUCAAUGUUUUCUAUAGCAUUGCAGUGCACGAGCAACACAAUCAAAGAUAUUGUACAAUAGUUGUGUGUAUUAUACUAUUGUUUAAGCCAAAUAAUAAACAAUGGCACGGUAGUAUGAUUU